GUGGAAAAACACAGUAUGUCAACUGAAUAAUCAUUCAUACUAGAGUUAUAUCCCUUGACUAUCAAUAUGAAUUUGUCAACAGUGUCUGUUCUGACUGUGAUCUUGUUUGGACUAAUGAGUAAAAUCCAGGGAUCUUGUGACUCUAAACUAGAAAACAACCUCUUCAAAGAUCUGCUUAAUAUGAUGUUGAAGUUAAAAGGAUCAGGUAGUUGUCAUUCAGGUAAUGGAGGUAAAGGUGUCCCUGCGUUUUCAGCUUCUCUUUCUAGUACAAAAUCCUACACAACCAAUAAUAAUGUAAAAUUUGACAAAGUAUGGGCAAAUAUUGGAAACGGUUAUGAUGCUGACAGUGGGAUAUUCACUGCCUCCCAGUCUGGGGUUUAUCAAUUUUCUUGUACAAUAAUGAGACAUGCAAAUUAUAUUCGAGUUCACCUUUGGAAAAAUGAGGUAAAGACAGUAGCAAUCUGGCCAGGUUCUACAAAAGACUAUGCGCCUGGUACACUCAACUUAGUGAUGCAGCUAAAGAAGGGUGACAAAGUAUUCAUACGAAAUGCCCAGAAUCAACAAAUCUAUAGUGAAUCUGGAAGUCAUUUCAGUAUGUUUUCUGGAUUUAUGAUUUCAAAUUAAAAUGUUUAUCUUUAA